AUGGUUUCUUUGAACGAGUGGCGAGUUUUCUCGAGUGUAGUAUUAAUAGUUAUCUGUUUGAGCUUUGCGUGUGGUGCCGAGUCCAUUAGUGUUACUGACCAUGGCACGGUUUAUAUUGAUGCGAUAAAACGUAUUGCUAAGACUGAUAGCCAUUUUAUAUGUGUGAAUAUCGACAUGUGGCCGCCGGCCAAGUGUGACUAUGGCGUUUGUAGCUGGGGCAACGCUUCUCUUCUAACCGUGGACCUCAACAAUCCAAUCCUCAUCAAUGCCGUUAAAGCAUUUUUGCGCGUAAGGUUAAGACUAGGAGGCACCCUGCAAGACAGAUUGACCUACCAAACUUCAAGGACCUCUCCAUGCUCCGUUUUCACCUAUAACCCGUCUUAUUUGUUUAACUACACCGAUGGAUGCUUGUCGUUGGAUAGAUGGGAUCAAAUAAAUUCCUUCGUCAAACGAACAGGGGCUAUCCCGAUUUUCGGACUCAAUGCUCUUGCUGGAAAGAUAGUACACCCACAUCCCGAACCUCUUACUCCUUUGGACCCGACCACUGCCACCGGUCCAUGGGACCCCACCAAUUCCGAAGAGCUUAUUCGUUACACUCACGAAGAGAAAGAUUAUUACAUGUAUGGCUGGGAGCUUGGGAAUGAAUUGGGAGGAAUACCAGUAGAAGGAGUGAGAGUGGAACCCGAACAAUAUGCAGCCGAUGCGGCAAAUCUUGAGAAGCUAUUAAAACGUAUUUACGUGACAAAGAGGGCAAUCGAUGCUCCAGCCGUCAUUGCCCCCGGAGGGGUAUUCGAAUACGAUUGGUUCAAGAAGUUCAUAACCAAUGAGAGUCGGCCAUCUGGCAUCAUUACCCACCACACCUACCCUCUCGGCUCAGGUGACUGGUACGACACGAACCUCAAGAACAAAAUCCUGAAUGCAAGUGUUCUUGACGAGGGUGCUGAAGUGUUCAGGCAAAUGCGCGAACUUAUCCAGCAAUCCCCGACAGUGACGUUUGCUUGGAUUGGAGAGUCGGGAGGCGUGUACAAUAGCGGCCGUGAUGGUAUCACCAACACGUUCCUCUUCAGUUUCUGGUAUUUGGACCACAUGGCGACAGCAGCCGUUUACGACACGAAGGUGUACUGCAGGCAGACGCUGGUAGGCGGUAACUAUGCCUUGCUCGACACAACUACCUUUAUCCCGAAUCCAGAUUACUACAGCGCACUACUUUGGCACCGUCUGAUGGGAACACGCGUUCUGAUGACAAGUUACAAAGGGACUAAGGACCUCCGUGCCUACGCCCAUUGUGCAAAACAAUCCGACGGGAUUACUGUACUUCUGAUAAACCUAAGUGGCGACACCAUAGUCAAGACAAAGGUGGGCCUUCGCAAACUCAUGGAGCCAUUGCCUCCUAAUCACGAACAAGCGUACAGAGAAGAAUACCACCUGAGCCCAAUGGAUGGGAACUUGCAGAGCCGGACAGUUUUGCUAAACGGGAAGCCACUAUUUGUCGGCCCAAGUGGCGCUAUACCUACGCUGAAGCCCAAGCAAGUAGUCUACUCGGAGCCCAUAACGGUUGAUCCGCAUACCAUUGCAUUCGUCCACAUUCCCCAUUUUCUUAUCCCUGCAUGUCAAAGCUUAUAUGUUGAUCAUGAUGAUAUGUGA